CGCUGUGCCGGCUACAUCAAAUUUUUCCGAUUUGGGAAGCUUAAUUGAAAAACUUAACCAGCUCACUUUUAUGUCGUCCUAGUAGACCAUAUUGGUUGCACCAAAAUUCCGAUUUCAUUUUGUGCUUUAAAGUUAGAGAUGUCAGACCCUAUGAUGAAUCGCCUAAACAAUAUAGAUUUGAUAGAUGUAUCAGAUAUCGAUGACUCCGUCUCACUAAAUGCUAACGCAAGCGACAGCAGCGAUUCCAGCGACAGCUCCAUCUCAAUAAGCGACUUAUAUUCUAGACCUGCUGCCAAUUUCGGGGAGGAUAGCGAUACGGACAGCGAUCCGGACUAUAUCGAUAUGUUAAUUGCUCGCAGAGUACAUAGCGGAAGUGCAGUGAAUCGUGUACCAGAAGCGGUGAUCGACUUGACUUCUCUGGAAUCACCAAGCAACCAAAUCGAAACGAUUGAUUUUGAUCUCUCCGAUUUCGUCCCCACUAAUCGGCGUCGUAGCCAUGCUAGCUCCGAAACUCCCACUGCAGCUCGUGCUACAUUGGAUAUCGACGAGAGCGCUCCGUCGGCUCCGAAGCGCAAGCGCAAAGACCAAGACCAAGACCAAGAUUUGAAUCCGGAUGAUGUCUACAAGUGCCCCGUUUGUCUGGAAAUUGCACGCCACCGCGAACCACUUUCGACCAAAUGUGGGCACGUUUUUUGUCGCCAAUGCAUCGAGAAAGCCAUAAUCACUUUCCAAAAGUGUCCACUGUGUCAAAAGAAAUGUACCCUAGCAAUGACAAGGCGUAUUUUUUUGUGAGCCUAAAUUUCGAGUCAUCAUGUUGGU